CACGUUUGUAACCAUAGCAACUGUGUUCUCCAAGAUGGAGGCCAGGCCAUCCAUGCUCACCGUUGUGAAAAAUGGAUUGGCUUCUACAAACAGGACCACAUACUUGCACCGAUUAUUGUACAUCGGUGAUCACAAGCUGGGUCGCAGUGGGGUGGAGGUCCACAUGCGGAACUUGGUGAACGCGCAGGCCGAGAGCGCUCGCGAGGAAGCCCUCACCGGGUUCCUGUUGGCGUACCAAAACUAUUUCAUCCACCUGGUGGAGGGAUCGGAAAGCACGCUCACGAGGCACCUCGACGCCGUGGUCAACUCCGACCCCGAAGACGGCUCUCAGAUCGGGCGGGUGAAGAUCCUGCUUGAAAUCGCCCACAUCUUCAAGCGAUGCAUGCCGUCGUGGAGCUCGCGCUCGGCGGUGCCGCCGACGCUCGCCUCGCAGGUGAAGCAGGACGCGGCGGCGGCGGAGAUGGCGCGCCACGUGGACGCCGUGCUCAGCAAGACGCUGCGCCUCAUGGACGCCGUCAAGAAGCUGCCGCCCGGCGCGCCGCUCAACCAGCAGACCGCGCUGCAGCUGCCGGAGCCCGAGCUGCUGGACGCGCUGCUGGCGACGCCCCUCCUCCCGGACGCCCGCGACGUCCUGGAGGAGCAGCGGCUGCCGCCCAGGAUGGCGCUGUACGACGACGUGGUGUGGCCGAUGCAGUCCGACUUCGUGCCGUACAACACGCUGGAGGAGGCCAUCGAGGUCGUGCUGCACGACACCAAGCCGCAGGACGCGCCGCAGCAUCAGGAGGAGGACGAGGAGGGGGCCAGCUUGAAGACCGCCGAUGAGGCUGGCGCACCUGGGAUGACGUUCUCCACGUGAACGUCGACGAAUCGAUCGCGGUCCGCGCGGCUCUGCUCGUGGAAGAUGCCCAGCGCGUGCAGCAGCUCGUGGAUGGCCCUGCCCUCCUUGCC